GAGGGCGGGGCCUGCGCACAGGUGAACACCGCACAGGUGUAAGGUUGGGAAAUGUGCGUCCUGAAAAACAAGUUAAAGUGCUGAGCGCCGUUACUCGGGCUCUGCUCUCUCCUCCGGCAUGGCCCGCAGCUGCGUGGGGAACUGCGCGCCGUUGUUCUUCCUCGGUGUUGUUUUUGAUGUGGCUGGUCUGGUUGUACUUCUGGUCGGGAUUUUUGGAAAUCUUAACUUGGACGGCCGCUUCUACGGGGAUUUCCUCAUCUACACGGGCUCUGUCAUUAUUUUCCUCAGUUUGGUGUGGUGGGUUUUGUGGUACACGUCGAACGUCCAGCCGUACGCGGAGGACAGGAGAGGCUCCUUGGACAUCAACUUUACGCACUGGGCCAGGAAGCUGUCUGAGAGGUUCUCCAAAGGCGCCACGAAGCCGCUGGAAGCCGGGGAGGGAAAGAAGAAGAGCGUGGGGAACGGGAAGGAGAUGAACGGGACUGUGCGUGCUGCUGCGCCCUCUCGGAUUACUUGGGAAGACAGCAGCCGAACUGGAUCCGUGUCAGGUCACGACAACAGAGGGUUUGAUGGAGGGUCAGAGUGCGCAUCUCCAGCAGACAAAAACGUGGAGUUGGGGGUGUUGAGAAGCUCGGACGUGGCGCUGCAGGCGGCGGAAGACAAAGCAGAGAGGCUUCUCUGACAGGACCUGGCGACGUCCAGCUUUCCCGGUGCUGUGGGUCUGAAAACACUGAGCUUAUGAACUGAAGUCACCUUUUUGGUUGUUUUUUUUUGGUUUUUUAAUGGGGAAGACAAUUUCUCAAUCAGGGAGAAGCCCUGCAUCCACAGUAGGCAGAAGGGCUGUGCACAGAGAAAGAAAAGGUCUUGAACAUGUACAUAGCAAAUUUCUAUUUUUAUCUGCUGAUUUUGUGCCAGAUGUAAAUUAUUGUUGUUGGGAAUAAAGUUUACAUGUAAUUGGA